AUGGCCGCGGCCGAGGGAGCGGGCGCGGACCCGGCCCUUGGAAGAGAUCGACCUCCGAAAUGCGCCCGAGAUUGCAUUCUUUCGGCGGCGCGGGCGCAUUCCACAGCGCGCCAUCCGAGCUCCGCGCGCCCGCGCCAGUCGACGCGCGCCCUUUUGGGGGUUAAGAUGUGUCCGUCGCGGCGGGCGCUCACGAUGUGGUCCCAGCCGCCUCCCCCGGAACCAGAGUCCGAUCCGCCGACGUUCCGCGCUCGCGCAGCCUCCGCUGGUGCUCACUCGUGGUGCCGGGGCUGCUUCGGCACCCGUCAGCUCGCUCGCAUGGUACGAGAGCCCCUCGAAUACGGGGUCCGCGUCGACCCGACCUCCGCCCGGCCGGCCGGCUUGAUGGUCCGCGAUGAACCCCAGUACCAGAAUCUGGAGGCGCUCCGCAAGCGCCCCGAGUACGCCAACCUCGACGAGAUCAGUCGCGAGUUCGGUUACCGGUUAUGUCCGGAAGGACAGAAUUUGGAAGACGAGGCUAUUUAUGAGAACAUAUUGUCUGUGCGCCAGAUUCGUUCUGCGGAAGUGCGUUUAGUGCCAGUGUCUGAAGUGGCUUACUACGAAGGCCAAGGUUACGUGGCUACGCAGGUGUUGAGCAGAAAUGGGACCUUUCCACAAUGUCCACCGAACACUUGGAGUCGUUUGCAGCACGCGUGCAGGAUGACUGGAUCGUUGAAAGUGUUUACAGCAAAAAAAGAAAUGUACGAUGUGAAGAAACAGCGUCUAUGUUUAGCACAAGAUGAGUACAAGCAUUUAAACAAUGCCCUGUCUACCCUCGCAGCGUCUAGAACGAGUCUAUGUUCGUCAACGACGUCUAUGACGACAACAUCAACGACGUCACGACACGACCCGGAAGUGCUUCGAUCGGAAGUUACACAGGCGCGCGGUCGGGUUGCGCAGCUGCGGAAAGAACUUCGACAAGCGCGAGCGGAAGUAGCUUGCGCGCGGAGAGGAGUAGAUACCUUAGCCGAAGUGGAACAAAAAAUAAGUUCCCAACAAGGCUGUUACAAUAUUACUGAAGCUCAGGCUAUCAUGACUGAGCUGAAGAAUAUACAGAAAUCAUUAACCUCAGGAGAGAAAGAGAGAGCAGAUCUAAUGCAGUCUCUAGCUAAGUUAAAGGAUGACUUGACAAGAUUGCAACUCGGAGAUGCCUCUCCCGACCUCUCCACGUUGAGUCUUCCCCAAGAGAAACUCAGCACUGCCUCCCAAACUGAUCUCUGUGCUGACCUGGUACCGAUUGGUACAAGACUGGCAGAAAUGGCGCGGGUUCGCCUCCAAUAUGACGAAGCUAGGAAACGGAUACAACAAAUUCAGCAACAAUUAGCUGAUUUAGAAGAUAAAGUACAGCCAGGCCAAGCUGAGUCUGAUAAAGAUCGACUAUUACUAUUCCAGGAGAAGGAACAGUUACUGAGAGAACUGAGAAGUAUAACGCCAAGGACAAGAUCGAAGCAAGAGAUGAGUAAUAUACAAAUAGAGUGUGAAAGGUUAGAGCAGGACUUAAAAAAUGCUUUCGAAAUGUCCAAUAAGUGUAUAGCGGAUCGUUUGAGGUUACAUGAAGAGAAGCAAUUAUUACUACAACAGUUAAAGGACGCUCUGACGUCAAUGACGACGUUGGAAGGGCAGUUGAAGACAUUAUCCGCUAGCACGUUAUCUGUGUCGAGUAGUUCUAGUUUAGGAUCUUUGUCUACAGCUAGCAGUAAAGGAUCUUUGAGUUCAGGGAUCAGCUUUACUGAUAUUUAUGGAGGACCACAAAUUGCGAGUUCGUUUCAAGCUGACAAACCUAUAGAUAUGGCAGAUUUACAUCGAAGGGUUGAGAGGUUACUUCGCGGUACGACUUAUACUGAUAGUAUAACUCCUGGUGCUAGCAGUUCACCAUCACAACCCUCAUUAUCACCUAGAAGCAGUUUAUCAUCAGCAAGUCCACCACCCCCGCCACCUUCAUAUAAUCAGGUGGAAAGACAAAGAAGACAGCAAAAAGAAUUAGAAGAAAAAUUAGCUGAAAUGAGAAUUGGAGUCACUACGGGACUCAAUGAAGUUACAGGACUUGCCACAGUACCUGUACAACUACAAGGACCGGGACGACCAAGCGAGCCUCUCUCACCGAUAUCCGAGACGCCCUCUGCACCGCUUUCACCUAGAACUCCCUCAUCUAGUGGUACAAAUACUAGAUCUGUGUCAGCGGCAGUCAGUGAUGAGUCGGUGGCGGGUGAUUCGGGUGUCUUCGAGGCGGCGCAAGCAGGGAAUGAUGCAUCCAACGCAGUGAGCAGUGCGCAAAUUGAGAUCAAAUUGCGAUACUGUCCUGAUGAGAGUGCGUUGGAGAUUGGCAUACUGCGUGCGCGUAACUUGCACGCACUGUACAUCGAUAUUGACACUGAAAUCGUGGUUCGCGUGGCACUGAUGAGUGGUAGCCGCGCGGGUGCGGGCGUGGUGGUGAGCAGCUCGGCGCUGGCGUGGCGUGGUGGAGCGCUGUGCUGGCGGCACUCGCAACGCGCACCCGUUGCAGGUGCUCGAGCUCUGCGGGCCGCCACGCUGCAGGUCAACGUGUGCACCGGCGCUGAGUGUCUGGGGUGUGCGCAAGUCAGCCUGGCUGAUUUCGACCUGGAUGCAGUUUCGCAGAAGUGGUACAACCUUCUCGGUUUCCGGUCUAUGAGGAGGGACGAGAGUUCAGACGAGUCAACGGUCAUAUCUUCGCAAACUUCCACUCUCACAAGAAAUAGAGGUCCUGAGAGCAUGACUGGUGCGGAGUGUAACGUGGACUGUGGAGAUAAUUCAGCUUCAGAGGACGAGGAAUCUAGGGAACCACUUAAUCAGAUUGUAGAAGAAGAUUCUUCAGAAGAUUAUAUCCCUGAGGAAGACGAGGUCCUAGAAGGAGAGUACCUGCCUUCAACAGCAGAGAAAGCCACCAAUACAGAAUGCAACUUCUGUCCAGAGGGAGCGAGACAACUGCACAGAAGGAGAAGUCAACAAGUAAGCGCAAACCCAGAAGAGUCACUAGCGACGAUAAAAAGAUCUCAAACGUUUUCACCGCAACCACAGAGUAUCGGCAAAGGACAGUACAUUUGUAGAUUAAAUCGUUCUGAGUCGGACUCAUCGAUGGCGCAGUACGCUCGAAGAGUCACGUUGCAGCCGCCCAUGACCACCGGCAUACCCUUCGACAGGAACCGUUGUGAACGCAGAUCUUUACGACGUGGUCGCAGCUGUGCGUUACGUCGCGGCGUGCUGGGCGCGGGGGGCGGAGCGACCGCGGGGGGUCGGGCCCGGGCUCCGAGGACGAGCCUGGACCUGGCCCUGGACCUGCGCGCGCAGCAUUCACGUCUAGCGGACCUCAACAACGACAUCGAGCACCUCACCGAGCUUAAGAAGAAAUUAGAAGAAGCUCGAUCAUCAGGUGAUCCAGCAGUAGCUGCGUGGGUCGCUGAGGAUGACACUUUCCGGAGACUGAUCACGGGUCCAGCGGAGGCGGGCUCAGACCGUACUUCCAAACUGUUGCACAAGACGUACCGCGAGAUCAUCAGGUUGAGGAGAUCGCGGCAGGGCAGCAGGAAGCCAGACAUUGUCACUUUCAAAGAAAAGAUGGCAUUCUUCACACGCAGCAAGACCACCAUCCCUGUGCUUCCAGGCGAAGAACCUGACGAGAUAUCCGAAGAUGACUGGGAAGAAGACGACCUAGAAAGAAGAACUCCUGACGGUCGGUCUUCGAAAACGUCGUACGAACGCCGCGAACAGCGCUGCAGCGACACCCAAUCCCAAAAUGCUUCCGAAUGUACAGAAUCCAAAGAAGUGGUGGACUGCAAAAACCUUUGCCUGAACCCAGAACCAUGCUACGAGAAUCUGCCAGUAACCGCCAGUAACAUCGACGAUGCGAAAAUACAAGAAGAAAAUGAAACUAAGACUGAAGAGGUGAGGUAUGACUUUGUUGUUGAUAGAGUUUUGGGUGUUCAGGUUUGAAUGAAUUCAUUAGCCAAUCGUAAUGAACGAAUGAAUGAAUAAGCUCAAAUGGCCUUGUACAUGGCACCAUUAAAGUGAAUUUGCAAAUAUUUACUGUGAUUAUUAUUGCCUAUUGAGAUUUCUGGUAUGAAGACUGAAGCGAAAAUUAUUUUAUAUGUAUCGUAUUAUUAAUGUAUCAGGACUCUAAGUUACGUACGUAUGUGCAAACAGAGUGCCAUAAACACUGAGAGUUCAUUAAUAUAUAUAUUAUAUGUAUCUUUAAAUAUAUUGGAUCAAUUUGAUAUCAUAUUGUACAAAAAAGUGCCUUAAUUUUUUUGGUGCCUCCAUUUGUAUAAAUGUACAGAAGCCUGCGAAUGUGCCAUAUUGCGGCAUGAAAUGGAAAGGUAUUAGGUACAAAAUAGUUGUAUGAAGAGUCACAAAAUAUAUACCAAACGAUUAAUGUAAUAUGAACAGUCAGGGCGACUAUUUCAUUGUACAGACAUACGUAAUUAGUUGGCCCACCGAAAUGGUUGCCCGGCUGUGUAUAAAUAAAUUAAUGAGAUAUUUUAUAGUAUCCACCGAGGACUUGACAGGCCAAAAAUAGACGCUUUGUAUAUAAAGGCUUUGUUACACGAGUCGAUAGUCGGUGUCGUGCAUUUGUCGAGUACGUACCUGCCCUUAGCUCAUUUCUUGCGAACCUAGAAAAUUAAUAACAAUGUGUUCUCAUAUUUUAGCAUCUAUACACGUCCCUGAAAUCGGUUGCGAUGUCGGAGCAAUUGUGAAAAAUGCAAUCAUGCUCAUCAUGUUUGCACAUUUAACCUUAUGUGUUACCUACACACGAAUCUAGAGCGCUAUCCACCACUGUAUCAAAAUUACCAACGAUUUCAGAGCCUUGUAUAGACGUUUUUACAUCAAAUUUCAUAAUUUUAGUUAGAAAUUUGUAGCUUCAAUAUAAGAAUAAGUUUUUUAGCCAAAGGCACUAUUAGUAUCAUCAUAAUUCAAAUUUUCUAUUACAUUGACAUUUUUCUUAGUCAGGUUAAUUACCAAACAUAUCACAAUUUCUACGAUACAUUACAUUGAAAUAAAUUAUAGUGUAUAUAUGAACGUUCAUUAUUAAUUUUCAAGGGUGACCAAUUCAAAAGUCGCAAAACGUGGGCACACAAACGUUUUUAGCGUGCAAUAUUGAUACACGUAGUUACUUCCUUAUAGUGAGUCACUUUAUGCAUUACCGAAUAUUCAUAAUCUUUAUAUAUUAUCAUCGUCAUCAUCAUCACUAUCGUCAUCACCAUCACCAUCACCAAUGACAUCACAGGCUAAGUUGAAAGCCAGGUAGAACUAAAACAUUUUGAUCAAGAAACAAACUGGAAAUCUGUAAUUUUGAAUUCUUCAUACUAACUUGACUUAGCCAUGUAGACUUUUAAAGCCUUCACGCAAAUGAAGAUUAUAGAAAAUAUUUUCAGAUCUUACCUUUGCUUCUUUGGUAACAGUUGUUCAGUAUCAUAAACACUAGUGAUAGUAUCCUGGCGGCUUCCGCCUUCGCCUUCGACUAAGCGUGUAUAAAUAUUCACUACAUUUGUUACUUCACUCCUCGCCACGAUUCUAGCAGGACAUGAACGACUAAGUGUGUAUAUAACUGCAGGGAAACAUCACCAUAAAAAUCACAUAUAUAUAUAAUAUUUAUUGCAAAUCGUGUAUUAACUUUAAAUUAUGGGCAAUGUGUUAAAUGACUCACUAUAGUUGAGAUCUGAUUUUGUGCCGAUUUUGUUCGUAUUUCGGUUCAUAAUGUUUAGUUGCAAUGAGAAUAUACAAUCUGUGGUAUUUUGAUGCCCAAACGUUGGAAACAAUUAACAGGAACUUGUAUUAUAUCAUAUUUUUUAUUAUUAGGGUUUAUUUUAAUUAUUUAACUUAGUACAGUUCGAAUCACAAUUAUCUUUGUUUCCAAGAUAUAUUUAAUCAGUCAUUUGUGGUGUCUGCUGCAGAUAGUAUGUUUUCAUUGGUCUAAAUUAAAAUUAUAGUAGAUUUAUAUUAUAUUUGUACAUUUUGUAUCAUAUUUUUAAUAUUAUUUUAGCGAUAAUAAUAACGUAAAUAAUCUGAAAAUAAUACAUCGGUAAAAGAAUUUGCAUAUCUGUAUUUCUGAAACUUUGUCUAUUAUUAUUAAUAAUUAUUAAUUAUUUCUAGCAAUAUUAGUGGAUGUUAAGUAUUUUUAUAACAAAUCGAUAGUCCCGUAGUCGACAUAGUUGUGUAAUUAAGUAAUUACAUUUUUGUAAAAAAUGUAUAUUUUAUAUAAACAUUUAUGUUUUAUAAAUAAUUUUGUAAUUGUUACUGAGGUGAAUUUGUAUUUGCCAAAUUAAUAUAAGUAUUGUUUUAAUUUUUCCAUACAAAAAAGGACUAUAUUUUGUAAAGAUGUCAAUACUGUCGAUAGAAGGUCGAGAAAUAAAAAAU